AUGGCUAAACAAAAAGGGAGAAGAUCCGGAAAGAAGAGAUCGCAAAACAAAAUCUUGGAUGCGUUCCAGAUUGCUGAACGAUCUUCUAAAGGAAAAAACGAAUACAGCCUGGAAGAAGAUGGCGAUGAGUUGCAAGUUAGAGAUGGAGUGAUGGAUGCCAGAAGAUUCAUGAAAAACCAGCAAGAUGACGACGACAGUGACCUUGAGGACGAGGAAUUGGACUCUGAUGAGGCUCUUGGUUCAGACGAUGAUUUUGAUGUUCUCAACUCUACUAUGUCACAAACAAUCAGGGACAAGAAUAAGAGAAGAAAGAGAGGAGAAGAAUCCGAGUCAGAAUCCGAAGAUGAAGCAUAUGACAGCAUAGAUGAGUCUCAGUUGGUGACAUUGUCGGAGGCAUGGGAUUUGGACGAUAAGGAUUUGGGAUUGACCAAAGGACCAGCAUCCUCUAAAACAAAAGACGUGAUUUUUGACGAUGACCGUGAGUCUGAAUCUGAAUCGGAGUCUCAGUCUGGUUCUGAAGGCGAUUCAGAGUCUGAAUCUGAAAGUGAUAGCGAGAGUGAGUCUGAAAGCGAAGACGAAGAGCAGAUGCUCCGAGGAUCCGACGAUGACGAGGUAGAUCUUACUACCACCACUUCCAAAAUCAAAUCACAAGUCAAGAAUCCAGAAACCAGAAAGCGUUUGAUAUCUGAGACCACCGAUGAAAACGAGUUCAGCGUUCCAACCAGAGGUAGAAAGCUCACAUUGGCCGAAAUGAUGGCUGGAACGGAUGCAUCAGAUGCUCCACUCAUUGACCAAGAGGAAGAGGAGCUCAAACCACUUGCUGUACCUUUGCCCAAAAGAAUUCAGCAACGUCACGAUAGAAAGGCUGCAUACGAAAUUACCAAAGAAGAAGUCUCGAAAUGGCAAGAUACUGUGAGGGCAAUCCAGGAAGCAGAUCACUUACAAUUUCCAUUGGCUCCUGCCGAUCAAGAGGAACAGGAUGAGAUAGAUGCCGAGGCCGAGUAUGAGGCACUUCAGUUCAUUCCAGAAGCACAUGCAACAACCGAACUUGAAAGUAAGAUCAAUGGUCUUUUAACGGCCGGAGCCUUACUUGACGAAUCUAAGGAAGCCACUUUUGAGCAGAUGCAAUCGGCUAAACUCUCUAAAGACGAGUUGUUCAAGAGAACCCAGGAGCUCCGGCGUAUGAGAGAGCUCAUGUUCCGUGACGAGCAGAGAGCCAAGCGUAUCAAGAAAAUCAAGUCCAAGCAAUUUCACAAAAUCAGAAAGAGGGAAAGAUUGCGGGACGCGGAGUUGGUGGAGGGAUCUGACGAGUCGGAUGCAGAAGAUCACGACAUGAAGAGAGCAGAAGAGAGAAUGUCGCUCCGUCACAAGACUCAAUCCAAAUGGGCCAAGUCCAUGAUCAAAUCUGGUAUCACCAAAGAUGCAUCCACAAGAGCUGAGCUUGAGGAGAUGCUUAGGCAAGGUGAAAGAUUGCGCGCAAAGCAGUUGGGCUACGAGGAGGGAGAACAAAGUGACGAUGGUGUCUCUGAUAUCGAAAGAGAGUACGACAAUGACAAUGCUGAGGCCGAGGAACUCGAAAGAGGAAAAUUGGGUAAAGGUGUCCUUGCCAUGGAUUUCAUGAAGACUGCAGAGGAAAGAAAACGUAAGGAGAACUUGAAGGAGAUUGAGUUCUUGAAAAGCAUGCGUGAGGAUGGAAAAGCUGACUUUGCCGAUUCCGAGAGCAAUUCAAUCAACCAACUCAAGAAUCAAGGUAGAAGAGUUUAUGCUCCUAGUGUUGCGGCAGAGAAGCAGGAAAUGGAAGAAUUCGAAGAAGAGAUCUUGCAGGACUUCAGAGACGAAGAGGCCAAGAGCUUAGAGAACAGAAUGCGGAGUAGGGACAGAGAGCAAGUUGAAGAUGAAGAGGAUCAGCCACCUGCUAAGAAACACAAGAUCGAGGAGAGAGAGGAGGAGGAAUUCAAAGGUUUUGAUGACGAAAGUGACGGUUCUGGAAGCAACGACGAUGAAGAUGCCGAAGCAGAGAACCCAUGGUUGAUGGCAAGCGAUGAACCUACCGAAAAAUCAAAGAAGUUCAACGUUAUCACCGAAGAUUCCUCGAGAUUGUCAAAGGCUGCCAACAAGAUCCAAAAGCAUGCCAACAAGAAGUCCAGUAGCAAGUCUAAGGGUCCAACAUCGCUCAUUGAUAUGGAUGCUAUCCUUGAAAUGGAAGGCGACGUAUACGGUAGUGACAAUGAAGACAGUGGAACUUCCCGUAUGUUCCGCCAGCAGAACUUGAUCAAGGAGGCAUUUGCUGGCGAUGAUGUUACGAGUGAAUUCAAUGAGGAAAAGGCCAGAAUUGCCGAGGAAGAAGACGACAAAGAAGAAGAUCUUACCUUGCCUGGAUGGGGAGAUUGGGCAGGUAGUGACAAGCCUCAGAAACCCAAGAAGAAGUUUGUGUUGAAGAUCGAUGGAGUGGCCCAAAAGGACAAGAGAAGAGACAAGAACUUGAAGAACGUCAUUGUCAACGAGACAGUCAACAAGCACAAUUUGAAGUACCAGUCUUCAAGUGUGCCAUUCCCAUACGAGUCUAAGGAGCAAUAUGAGAGAGCAUUGAGAAUGCCAAUUGGUGAAGAAUGGACUUCAAGAGUCACUCACCAGAAGGCAACACUUCCACGGGUCAUUGUCAAGCAAGGUAUGGUAAUCAACCCAUUGCAGGCACCAUUCAAAUAG